UCUAUUUAAGAGCUACCCAACGAUACAAAUUUACCAUAUAUCUUUUAGUCUCUACUGAAACAGUGAUAAAAAUUUCUUCAUUUGUUACAAAUAUGAAGAGUACGUGUUUAAGUAAGUGUAAGUCAUGGUUGUUUAUUUUCAUGAUGUUGCUUAUCUUCAAGGUUGGGUGUAUACAAGGUAUUUGUAUAGAAGAUGAAAGAAGGGCAUUGCUUGAAAUUAAAGCUUCCCUUCAGGAGUUUGCAAACUACUAUGGAGUAGACAAUCUUCUCUCCACUUGGGUUGAUAAUGGCAGCCAAGAAUGCUGUGCUUGGGAGAGGAUUAAGUGUGAGACAACCACCGAGUAUGUAACACACCUGUCUUUGAGCAACAUGCUUGGAGAUCACGAUUCACACUACGAUUAUUAUUUGCGACCAAAGUGGCGGUUAAACUUCUCUCCCUUUCUUCGUUUUAAAGAGUUGAGAAGUCUCGAUUUGUCAUAUAAUGAUCUUGACGAUAUGAUUGCGACCACAGGACUUGAAAGGUUGUCAAGUUUGAAGAAGUUGGAGAAACUAAAUCUCAGCACUAAUUAUAUUCAAACCGACAUCUUUCGUUCAUUUGGUUCAAUCAUAUCACUCAAAGUUUUAGAUCUUAGUUACCUUUAUGGAGAUAACCAAUACCCACUUCCUCAUGAUAUUUCCGAACUGUCCGCUUUGAAAAACUUGGAGGUAUUGGAUGUUACCGGAUGUAGCUAUUAUGGAACCAUACAAAUGCAAGGUUCUGACACAAUAACUCCAUUAAGAAAACUGAAAAUUCUAAAUCUUGGGUGGAACGAUUUCAACGAAAGCCUUAUACCAUUUUUAAGUUCUCUUCGGUCACUCAGAAUUCUAGAUCUUUCCUUUAACAGGAUCUUCGAAUCAUUUCCCUGUCAAGCAUUAAGUCAUUUACCUAAUCUGGAGAAGUUAGAUUUAAGUUCGAGCAGUUUUAUUAAUGGCACAGCAAGUAACGAAGGUUGUAAGAGCUUAAUGAGAUUAAAGAAUCUAGAGAGUAUAUCCAUGCAAUAUAGCGACUUAAACAAGAGCAUGAUAUCAUGCCUAAGUUUCCUUCCAUCACUCAAGAUUCUUAAUCUUCGUUAUUCUCGGAUACUGGGAAGUUCCUUUCCAAUGCAAGAAUUUUCUUUGUUGAGGAAGUUAAAGACACUUGACUUGAGCUUUUGUGAUCUUCACUCACUCACUUUAAAUGAGCUCCAUAAUCUACGCGACUUAGAAGUCCUCCUCUUGAAUGAUAACCAAUUCAAUGGAACAUUACCGGUGGAAGAUUUGAAAUAUUUUCACCAUCUGAAGGCCUUAGAUUUGAGUUACAACAAUUUUGUUGGAAGCAUCCCAUCAACAAUAAAGUUAUUAUAUUCUCUUGAAGUUGUCUCGUUCGCUCACAAUAAUCUAAACGGGUCGUUAUCCAAUCAUGGAUUGUUGGAAUUAAAGAACCUCAAAGAGCUCGAUCUUAGUCACAACAUGUUUGAUGGAAAAUUAUUUGAAUGUUUCAAUAAGCUGUCGUCUCUUACGUUGUUUGAUAUUUCUUCAAAUCGAUUCACCGGAGUAAUUCUGCCGUCGGUUAUUGCUAAUCUCAAAUCUCUCAAGUACAUAGAUUUUAGCCAUAACAAAUUUGAAGGUUCGUUCUCAUUCAGCUCAUUCUCAAGUAACAAAAACCUUGAGGUUGUUGCAUUCAUAAAUGAGAAUGACACGUUAACGGUGGAAACAGAGGAGCCUAUAGGUUGGACUCCAAUGUUCAGGUUGAAAGUUCUUAUACUGUCAAAUUGCAACUUAAAUAGGCAGAAAGGAAGUGUAGUUCCUGGCUUUCUACUUCAUCAGAAUGAAUUACAGGAACUAGACAUGUCACACAACUCUUUAAAGGGACAAUUUCCAAAUUGGUUAAUUAAAAAUAACACAAUGCUGGAAGUUCUUAGUCUGAGAAACAAUUCAUUUGGCGGCAAGUUUUCUUUGGCGUUUUAUACGAAUAGGAAUACACAGAAAUUGGAUGUGUCCGACAAUGACAUUAUAGGUGAUAUUCCUAGAGAUAUACAAAAGUACCUUCCCCAUAUAACUCGGUUGAAUUUAUCCAGAAAUUCUUUACAUGGUGUAAUCCCGUCUUCAGUUGGUGAUUUGAGUUUGCUAGAACACCUGGAUCUAUCUCAUAAUGCCUUGUCUGGGGAAGUACCAAUUGAAUUGUUCACAAACCUCCCUAAUUUGGAGAUAUUAAAACUAUCAAACAACACUUUUCAUGGCGAGGUACUUUCAAGAAACUUAAAUUGGUAUAACAUUGACCGGCUUCACUUAGAUAGCAACUCUUUCACCGGGAAAAUUGGAAGUGAAACAAGUGACGAAAUAAUAGCAAUAACUUCCACUGGUAGAAUAAGUCUUUUGGAUAUUAGCAAUAACCUUUUUACCGGUUUGGUCCCUGUUUGGAUAAGUGACUUGCCUUACAUGAGGGAACUUGUGAUAAGAAAUAAUAGCUUGGGAGGUUCGUUUUCUUGUGGAACAGCUCCAUUCACGUUUCUUGAUAUAUCAAAAAAUUAUUUUUCAGGACCUAUCCCAUCGUGCUUAAAUUUCCAAGGUUUGAAGCAUCUCCAUUUGAGUUCGAACAAAUUUACAGGACCAAUUCCUGGUUCCUUCUGGAACUUGAGUAAUGCUUUAACUUUAGAUAUAGGCGACAAUCACUUGUCAGGCAGGAUUCCUGAAUUUCUUGGUGAACUGUCAAAUUUAAGGAUUCUUAUUCUGAGAAAAAAUAACUUUAGUAAUUCUAUUCCCAACGAGUUGUGCAAGUUAACUAAUGCAAGUCUAAUUGAUCUAUCCAAUAACUUCCUCUCUGGUUCAAUACCUAGCUGCCUACGAAAUAUUACUGGCCCAAGUUACAAAGUUUUCAUGCGGACUACCGAAUUUAAUCCAUCUGCUGUUGAAAGUGUCUACAGCAGUGUUCUAGAAAGUUGGUAUAUAAGGAAACCUAAAAAUGAAGCGCUUCAAACGCAAGACGAAGUUAUGUUCACAACAAAAACCCUCUCUCUACCUUACAAGGGUGACAUUCUUGAUAUCAUGUCAGGAUUGGAUCUAUCCUGCAACAAACUAACCGGUGAAAUUCCAGAAGAACUAGGGUUGUUGUCCCAGAUUCGCGUUUUAAACCUGUCUCAUAACAUGCUGAGUGGACCAAUUCCAAAGAAUUUAUCUAAUCUUGCCAAUAUAGAAAGUUUGGACCUUUCUGUUGGUGCACUUGUGUCUGUACUUUGUCUGUAUUCGGUCACUUUGUAAACGAUGUCCUUGUCAGUC